GGACCGGGAGCGAAGAUGGAGCCGCCGCUGGCAUGCAGGGACCCGGUCCAAGCCCCCAGCGAGCCCAGCCCCGACCCCGAGCAGAGCACCGCCUCCCGCCGCCGCCGCCGCCUGGCUGCCCAGCGCCGGGAGGCCCUUGAAGAAGAUGCAGAGGCAAAGGUGGCUGAGGAGGAGGAAGAGCAGAGAAGGAGCCAUAAGCAGUUUGAGGAAAGCAGGCAGAAACUGGCCAAGCUGCUCUUUGAUGGCUCGCAGAUGGUGUCAAAUAUCCAGGUGGCUGCUGACUUGAGGGAAAUGCAGAGGAGGGCAGAGAAAGCAGAGCUGAUGAAGCAAAGGGUGGAGAAGCUGGAGAAUGAAGCCAAAUCUAGCACAAAGAAAAUGGAGGAGAUCUUCUCCAAGUGGGCCUUGGCCAAGGAGAUGAUCCCGCAGGAGCUGUGGCAGCUGCUGAACCAACAGCAGCAGCAGUGCACGCUGCUUCUAGAGGAGAAGAACAAGCUUAUCAGUGACCUGCAGCAGGAUCUGAAAGACAGAGACGAGCAAUAUGUACAGGCCAUUAAGGAUCAGUCAGAUGAUAUCUACCUGCUUUUGGAGAGGAUGGAGGAACAGAUCAGGAACAUGCUGAAAAGUUACCGUCACGAACUCCUACAGAUUGAGGAAGCUUUUGAGCUCGAACAGCAAGAGCUGCGCAACAACAGCGGGAAGAAGUGGGAGGAAGCCAUCCAGGCCCACAACGCACAAGAACUGGAACACCUGCAUGCCCGUAUGAGGAAGGUGGAAGAGUUUGAGAAACAGCUGAGUCAGCUGCAGGUGCAGGAUGAGGAGGAGUAUAACAGCAUGAAGAGCCAGCUGGAGAAUGAUGUGCAGAACCUGGAAAAGCAGAUUGAGCACAUGAAAGCCAUCUAUCGACUGAACCAGGAGAAGCUGGAGCACAACCUUCAGGUGCUUAAGCAGCGGGAUGAAGAGAACACCAUCAUCAGAGCCCAGCAGAAGAGGAACCUCAAGCGGCUCCAUGGCUCACUCAGGAACCUGAGAACAAAACUGGCCAACCAAGAGAAGCAGUUCAGAGAGGAGAACCAGGGCCUGGCAGCUGACUACAAGCACAUCACCAAGCAGUGCGAAAAGACACAGAAGAGGAUGAGGCACUUCGCUGUCAGUGAUGCUGAGAAAUUCGUGGAGGUCUGGCUUAUGAAUGAGAAGGAAGCCAAAGAGCUGAUGCAGAAAGCCCUUGAUGCAGAUCGCAUCAUUCACACUCAGCUACUGGGGCUGCCCUGGGAAGAGCCUCGUUAUUGGUUCCUUGACAACAUUGGCCCCAUUGGGAGUUACAAGGUGAAGAAGAUGGUGACCAAGCUGGUUGCGGAGAUCCUGACAGAGAGCAGCUCUGAGGGACAGGACAAGGAAGGGAAAGAGAAGGAAGAAGUGGGCAGUGGAGAAGAAGGAAAACGACCCACACCAAAGGUUGAGGAUAGAGCCACAUCUCUGCAAAAUAUCCCCAAGUCGACUGCCAAGAGGAUCCUGGAGCUCAUGAGUGAUGAGUUGGAUUUCCUCAUCGAGAGAAAGCUGAUAAGGCAUCUGAGCAUACUGGGGAGGCACGAGCGCACCCAGAUGAAGCUCACCUCCAUAUUUGCGGCCCUCAAAAUUGACAGUGAGGAUGACCUGUACCAGCUGCUGGAUUUUUUCUUGAAGUACAAAACCCAAGAUGUGGCUGCCAGCCAGAACCACGGCAGCCCAGGUGGAGAAGAUGUCACAGAUUUGGCUGAGGAUGGAGAGGGCAGUGGAUACAGUGCCCAGAAGGAUGAGCUCAAAUACCCUCGGAGCUCACAGAGUAACAUUCCAUCUGUGUCCAUCCAUGCUGAUGAUGUCCUAAAGAUCCUCAAAGCAUUUCUGCAGGAUUUUAACAAGACAAGGGAGAAGGAUGGAGUAGCAAAGGAAGUGCUACACGUACGAGACAGCUCCAAGGAUGAGGAAUACUGGGAAGCCCUGACACACGUUAUCCCCAAGCCGACAUUGAAACUGUGGGACGCACUGGAGGUGGCAUUAAAGGAAUAUUACGAGGUCCUCAAGCGCAGAGCCAGACUCCUCAAUGAAGGGGCCAUCCUGCAGCAGCAGAACUUGGAGCUGUGCCAGCUGCUGAAGCAGUACAUCAGCUCUGGGGUGAGCAGCAGGCCGCUCUUCCCUCCCAUGAAGUGAAUGGACCCAGACUUCUCCU